UCUCAACUCGCCGAGCUACCUUGAUCUUGAAUUCUCAUACAGUCUCGAAGUACGCUAAGGACUACAGCUCUUAUACCAUUAAGUGUUGAAGUUCGCCGUGACGUGUCACUCGGCGCCGCGACUCGUCGACACCGCGCGCGCCCUCAGGCCUCAGGCUCUUGCCAAUACUUCAGUUGAAAAACCAACAAUGGCGGAACGCAACCUUCUUCCACCGCUUGAGAUCCUGGCACAAAUCAUACUCUUUGCCCCCCGAGAAGCGAGGCGCACUUGUCUACUCGUCUCUCGACUUUUCCAUGAUCUUGCCAUUCCUAUGGUAUUUUCAAGAGUGACCAUACAUCUUGGAGCUUGGGAGCGAUGGUGUUACGGUGUCUCUCACCCGGCAGUCGGAGCGAAUUUCUCGAAAUCGUUCCGGACACUUGCCGACGAACGCGGUGCAAUAACCGCUGAUAUUCUGCACCGCAUCAUGGUGGAUCGCGGGUUUGCAAAAGCAGUGAGAAGGCUGGAGAUACUGGCAUUCAACUACUUCGAUGGUCAAGACUCCGCUUUCCAGCUACGCUGUCUAUCACUCGCGUUAAAGAACAUGUACAAUCUGCGUUCGCUGGUUUGGUACGGGGGACGUCCGCUCCCUUCUCCGGAUAUUGUCAACACCCUUGCCGAGGCAUGCCUCUCGCUCCACGAGAUUGCUCUCCCAUGUCCAGCAUUGGAGAGGCUCUCCCUGCGCAACGUCAAGAGUCUGGACUCGAUAGUUCCUAGCGGGACGCACAUGAAUCUCGCGGGAUACCGUCACGAUGAUAUCGUGGAACGUUCCACGAUAGACGUGCCCGGAGAUUCGUUGCGAGAAAUCUGCAUCCCAGGUUCUUGGGCAGAUGUCAUAUCUUCCAACGUAUUGCCCGCCCUCACAUGCGUCGAGCUGUUGUUUCUACCAUCACGGUGCUUGGAAACUCUGGGAUCAUUCCUUGCACAACUAUCGCAACUGCGGUCACUCACGAUGGACGUCGGCAAAGGCGAUGUUCACUCAGUCUUGCUUCUACUUGCCUCGUCACGCAUCCAUCAUCCACGAUUAACCUCGCUCUGCCUGCUACACCCCAAUGACGAAGAUUAUGAAUUCACGCCAGAGGACCUCCAAGUACUACCGGACAUCCUCUCGAACAGAUGUGAACUGCGACGACUGCGUCUGUUAUACACCUUUUCCUGGUCCCAUCGGGACCAGUUCCUAGGCGUUCUGCAUACACUGAAGAAUGUUGAAGUGCUGGAGCUCGUGCUGAAACACUAUCGAAUCACACGCGACUUGCGAGUCACACGCGACGUGAUAACUUCGUUCGCUGCGUGCUUGCCGAGCGAUCUUGCUGCCCUGGCACUCACAUUCAAUGCUGACAUUGAACCGGGGUCGUUUGAACCAAUCUGGUCGUCCUGUCCACAAUUGGAGUAUUUCCACGUACGGUCAUUCGCCGGCCUAGAGUCUGUCGAGGAUUUAGUUACUGGGUCCCGAAAUCUGAAGGUCAUAGGUCGCAACGAUCGACUACACGGCGUCGAAUACCUGGGAGGGAACCCUGUGGUCUCUGAUCACUGGCCGGAAAGUACGGUCAUGUUCAGGAGGGCUGAGCUAUACGAGUGUCCCGGCUGGGAGUGGCUAACACGGCACACAUCCAUGUCCCGAAGCUAGCGUUCCCUGUGACAUUGCACCCACGUUGCGCUGUAUUACUGUUCACAAUAUUAUGCAUGACUAGUACUGA